UUUUCAAAAGUCUAACCUGGUCUCUUCGAAAGUCGUCAAUACGAUGUACGAUUAUAUAUAUAUUCAGAAAUUACAACAAAAUUAAGAAAUGUUUUCCAAAUUACUUCCUGCUGUCUUUCUAUACACUGGCCGCCGAACGUAUUCGAUUUUCUCAAAAGUCUACUCUAUCCCCGCUAGUAACAAGACUCUCGCUCAUCACUGGCUAAAGGCUCCAAAGGUUUAUUCACAGGAAAGAUGUCUUGGAACGCACAUUGUUAUUCGGCACACUAGAGAAAGAUUCUUCAUCGACAUUGCCGGAGUUCGAGCGGAGCUACAGUAUUCCAUUAAAGAUGGUAUAAUGACAAUUCAAAGUACCAAAGUUCCGAAGGAGCUGGGGGGACAAGGCAUCGGAAAGCUGUUGGCGAAAGCGGCGCUGGAUUACGCAUUGUUAAAUGGUCAAUUCAUAGUAAUUAAGUGCAAAUUUGUCCAGCACUAUAUUGACAAAUAUGAACCACAAUACGCGAAGUACAUAUUGUCCUAAAAAAACACAUAUUUCAACAUUGUCAAAAUUUUUAAAUUAAAGAGAAAAUAUUAGAUAA